AUGGCUGCGAGUGGUAGGUGGAUGGAGGAGAGCGCCGCUGGCAUUGACCGAGGAAAGGCCAAGGGUGCCGCUGAAGGUCCUACAAACGGUGCAGAGCCACAAGGGGCCAGCCAGGACCAGGUGCCUGUGGUAGCUGUGUUAGGCUCUGGGGGCGGAACCAGAGCCAUGACUUCCUUGUACGGCAGCCUGGCCGGGCUGCAGGAGCUUGGCGUUCUGGAUGCCGUGACCUACCUGAGCGGGGUUUCGGGGUCUACCUGGUGCAUCUCUACGCUCUGCAAGGAUCCAUCCUGGUCCCAGAAGUCUUUGCAGGACCCCAUUGAACGUGCCUCGGCUCGAGUCUGCAGCAGUAAGAUAGGGUUGCUCUCGGCAGAGCGGCUGCAAUACUACUCCAGGGAGAAGGCGGCCUGGGAGAGCAGAGGCCACACCAUGUCCUUCCCUGAUUUCUGGGGCCUCGUCGUUGAAUAUUUCCUGAACCAGGCGGAAAACCCUGCCAAGCUGUCAGACCAGCAAGAAAUAGUCAGCCAGGGUCAGAACCCAUACCCCAUCUACGCCAGCGUCAAUGUCCACCCAAACAUCAGUGGGGAAGACUUCGCAGAGUGGUGUGAGUUUACACCCUACGAGGUCGGUUUCCCCAAGUAUGGGGCUUAUGUCCCCACCCAGCUCUUUGGCUCUGAGUUCUUCAUGGGUCGGCUGCUGCAGCCCUGGCCAGAGCCCCGCAUCUGUUACCUUCAGGGCAUGUGGGGUAGUGCUUUCGCCACCAGCCUGUAUGAGAUCUUCCUGAAGACGGGACACUCAGGUCUGGGCUUUCUGGACUGCCACAGAAGCAGUGUAAAUAUCACAGAAAGCAGUCCAAGGUUCCGGUUGAAGGACCCCACACGGCUUCCUACCAGGCUCUUCACGCCACAGAACCCCUUCUCUCAGGCCGUGUUGGACAUAUUCACCUCCCGCUUUACUUGUACCCAGAACUUUAACUUCACCAGAGGUCUCUGCUUGUACAAGGACUACCUGGCUAGCAGGGACUUUGUGGCCUGGAAAAGUAGGUGGUACUCUGGACACCCUGAUGCCCGCCCCAACCAGCUCACACCCAUGAAGGACUGCCUGUCCCUAGUAGAUGGAGGCUUUGCCAUCAACUCACCAUUUCCGCUGAUCCUGCAGCCCCAGCGGGCUGUGGACCUCAUUGUGUCCUUUGACUAUUCCCUGGAAGCCCCGUUUGAGGUGUUGCAGAUGACAGAGAAGUACUGCCUGGACCGAGGGAUCCCCUUCCCCAAGAUCGAGGUGGGCCCCAAGGACCUUGAGGAGCCCCGUGAGUGCUACCUGUUCACCAAGGCGGAAGACCCCCGAUCGCCCAUCGUCCUGCACUUCCCCCUUGUCAACAGGACCUUUAGGACACAUCUGGCCCCAGGUGUGGAAAGACAAACAGCCGAGGAGAAGGCCUUUGGGGACUUUAUCAUCAAUGGGCCAAACACCCCCUAUGGAAUGAUGGACUUCACCUAUGAGCCCAAGGAGUUUGACCGGCUGGUGACCCUGAGUCGGUACAACGUCCUGAACAACAUGGAGACUAUCAGGCAUGCCCUCCAGCUGGCUCUGGAUCGGCGGCAGCAGGCUGGAGAAGGGAUCGGGGGCUGA